AUGGCAGCUCCGGGGGAGAGCGAAGUCUUUCUUUCCAGAGAGCUCCACGCCGUGACCACAGACUCAGCAUCCAGGAGCCGUGUGUCGAUUCGAUUGGCCGCUUUGGGCUGCAUCGGCGCCCUCGCCUGCUCUCUGGCCGUGCUCGGCCACUUCAGAAGCUCGCUUCCACGGGCCGGACUUCUACUUCGCGGAACCGGCCUUAUGCGAGGUUACGAGGACGACUGCUUCAAAUUUGGCAUGUACUAUGCGGGACCUGCCAGGCUGCCAUCACUGCCACGAACAGUGCAGCCAGAUGCGCAGGCAUGCCAGGCCGAAUGUAUGAUGCAGAUGGGUUGUCAGUAUUUUACCUUCUGGCCGGAUGGCGGCUGCCUGCUUACCGGCUGGGGUGCAACAUUGAAGGCGACUCCAACCCGCUUCGCUCAGACCGUCACGGGGCCAAAGGAAUGCCCCCUGACGCGUCCCACCGCUGUAGAUGAAGGCCCGGUGCUGGAAGAGUGGGACCCAAGUGUGGACGGCGCGCCUGCACCACCGACGCUGCCGCGCGAUCCAGAGUUCCAGAUCGUGGUAGCUGGGCAGCUGCCUGGGGUCAACGGAACGCACUGCGGCGCAUAUCUGGCCUGCAGAGCUGCGAAGCUGAGCGGUGACUGCUGUCCCAAUGCCGAAGGGGUUCUGCUGGACUGCUGCGGGACAAGCGUGACCAGCAGUACCUUCCCGUAUGGGAACCGGAUGCCUCCACGUUCGGAUUUUGCUGCCCUUGGAGGAGUCAGGAUUGGAAUACCUCUUUUGGACCCGCGGGUGGACGGUGCCAAGGAAGCGGCAAGUUUUGCCAAGCGGCUUGCUUGCUGUGGCGGCCCGGACAACCGGUGA